AUUUUCUCCCGUAAUAAUAAUCCUUCUUUUUCUCGUUAGACAAAAGCCAAAAUCUCUCAUUGUCGUGUCUCUCCCUUCUAUGGCAACAAGAGUUCUCUCAUCAUCACCGAAGCUCCUCAACAACCUCCGCUCCUUCAUCAAGCCUCUCAACUCCGCCUCUGCUGCGGCCGCCUCACCCCUCAAUUUCGACGAAAAACCUGAGCUUUCCACCGUCGAGAAACAGCACCCAAUUGCAACAACUCUUCAUCAACCAACCACAACCCUUGACCUUGAUGAUCACCAGAAGCUUUUCGCUUCGGUUCCGACGUUGAAGCUUUUACGUUCGUCGGUCAAUCUCGGGUUGGCUUCCAAUGAGACGUUCGUCGAUUUCGGGAUGUGGGUUAUGAAUUCCAGGCUUAUGGAAACGCCUCUGCUACGUGACAUCGUAUUGAAAACCGUCAAACACACCUUCUUCGAACAUUUCUGCGCCGGUGAAACAACGACGGAGGCCGGCGAGUGCGUGAGGAAAAUCCAGGAGGCUGGUCUGCGAGGGAUGCUUGUUUACGCCGUCGAACACACCAGCGAUAACGCCGGAUGUGACCGGAAUUUGGAGGGCUUUUUACAGAGUGUUGAGUUCGCCAAGUCACUUCCACCUUCAUCUGUAAGCUUUGUGAUAGCGAAGAUAACAGCAAUAUGUCCCAUUAGUCUACUAAAGAGGAUGAGUGAUUUAUUAAGGUGGCAAUACAAAGACUCAUCAUUGAACCUUCCAUGGAAACUCAACACAUUGCCAAUUUUCACCGACUCAAGUCCGUUGUACCAUACACUCCAAAGACCCCAACCAUUAACCGCACAAGAAGAAUCGGAUCUUGAAUUGGCACACCAAAGACUGUUAAAACUUUGCCAAAAAUGCGCGCAGUACAACGUUCCUUUAACCAUUGAUGCCGAGGACACGUCGAUUCAACCCGCCAUCGAUUACUUCACGUACUCCUCGGCCAUCAUGUAUAACAAAGAUGAUAACCCCAUUGUCUACGGCACGAUGCAAGCUUACUUGAAAGACGCGAGGGAGCGGCUGUUUAACACGGCGAGGACGGCGGAGAAGCUGGGGAUUCCUAUGGGGUUUAAGCUGGUGAGAGGCGCUUACAUGUCGAGCGAAACCAAGUUGGCUUCUUCCUUAGGGUUCGAUUCGCCGGUUCACAACACCAUUCAAGACACCCAUGCUUGUUUCAAUGAUUGUGCUUCGUUUAUGAUUGAGAAGAUUGCUGAUGGGUAUGGCGGAAUCGUUCUCGCAACUCAUAAUCUUGAGUCAGGGAAAUUGGCAGCAUCGAAAGCACGAAAUUUAGGAAUUGAGAAGGGGAAUCAAAAGCUUGAAUUUGCACAGUUAUAUGGAAUGUCGGAAGCGCUGUCGUUUGGAUUGAGAAACGCAGGGUUUCAAGUUAGCAAAUACUUACCCUAUGGACCAGUUGAUAUGGUAAUGCCAUACCUUUUAAGGAGAGCCGAAGAAAAUAGAGGACUCUUAUCAACUUCAAGCCUUGAUAGAACUCUCAUGGGGAAGGAGUUGAAGAGAAGAUUAAAGAGCCUGCAAUUUGCGAAGCCAGAGAUGGCAGCUUCAGCAGCAGGUAGCAUGAAGAUAGAAAUAGGAACGCCAUAAAUGAGGUUUUGAUUCAUAGAUGGUUUGGGAUGGGCAAUUUUUGCCAACAAUGUAGAAUUAUGAAAAAAAAAAAUAACAAUCAUUGUAACGUUUGGGCAUUUGUCCCAUGUCAAUUAUUAUUUGCAUUAGAAAUUGAAUUUUUUUCUUUAUUUUCGAUCAAAA